AAAGUGUCAAACGACUUGGUGAACGUCAUCGCGUUACUGGUUAUCACUCUCCGUUCGCCUUGGCCCCUUGGUCCACAUCACUCGACUGCCCAGGAUCAUCUCAUCACACCGUCGACCAUCACCGUGCUGACAAGAUGCCUCGCGAGUUGAAGAAGAGAGGCCGCAGAGGCGAGGAGAAGAAGAGAAAGCUUGAAGAAGAGGAGGAUGUCCAAGAAGAUUUCGCACAGCCCAAGCGACAGAGAACCGAAGACGGUGUCGACGGUGUUGAUGCCAUCGAUGAGGCCGCAGAACAGCAGGACUUUGUUGGACUUCCUCAGGAUGGCGCAUACACCAACGGCGAUCAUCAGGAUGGUGAGGGUCAAGGCCCGCCCCAGGAGCAGGUCUUCUUCGGUAUGCUGGACGAGGACGAGCAGGAAUACUUCAAGCGCGCCGACGAGAUGCUCGAGAUGAACAACUUUGCCGAUGCCGAAGAGAGAAGCCUUUUCCUGGCCAACGUCUACCGCGAGGCCAAUGGCAAGGAACUCAAGAUCGCCAACAGCCAGUCUUGCUCGAGACUGAUGGAGAGACUGAUCCAGUUGUCGACACCUGCGCAACUCAAGACAUUGUUCCAAAAGUUCAGCGGAAACUUCAUGCACCUGUUCCAACACCGCUUCGCUUCGCAUUGUUGUGAGAAGCUCUUCAUCCAAGCCGCGCCUGCCGUCACACAAGAAUUGCUCCACCCACCCAAGGCCCAGGACCUGACGACCGACGAUGGCGAAAUCUACGUCAGCAUGGAAGACCUCUUCCUUUUCACACUCGGGGAGAUGGAAGGCAAUGUUGGUUUCCUCAUGACCGAUCGCUUCGCCUCUCAUACCCUCCGCGUUUUGCUCCUCGUCUUGGCCGGCGAGCCUUUGUCAGACUCAACCAACAAAUCUUUGAUGCAAAGCAAGAAGAAGGAACAUGUCACCGUCAAUGGCGACAAGGAAGAUGCUACAACCACAAAGGACAAGGAAGAUCGUCGCCCUGUCCCCAAGUCCUUCACCGAGGCUCUUGAAAAGCUCAUGACUGCCAGUGUUUCUGGCCUGGACACGACUAGCCUUCGCGCCCUUGCCACACAUCAACUCGGCAACCCUGCUCUGCAACUCUUGAUGAGAAUCGAGCUUACUCACUUCGGCAAGUCAAAAGCAAAAGACGAGACCUCCAUCUUCCGCACUCUUCUGCCCGACGACCCAAUCACUCCUGAAUGCGACAGCGCUAGCUUCAUCAACGGCCUUCUCUUCGACCCCAUUGGUUCUCACCUUAUCGAAUGUAUCGUUGAACACGCUCCCGGAAAGAUGUUCAAGAGCUUGUAUAGAGGUCUCCUGAAGGAUCGCAUGGCAUCUCUGGCCCGUAAUGAAAUUGCCUGCUAUGUCGUCUGCAAAGUUCUCGAAAGAUUGAGCAAGGACGAUCUGAUGGAGGCUCAUGAGCAAAUCUGCCCUCAAAUUCCCAGUCUGCUCGAGCGCAACCGUUUCGCAGUUGUCAAGACCUUGAUCGCCAGAUGUGCUGUGAGAGAAAUUGACAGCCAGGUCAUUGCAGUACAACUGAGCGAGGCAUACAACGGUCCCGAAGGCUUCGACGUUGUGAAGUUGCUAAAGCCCGAUACUGAUGAGCCGGCACAGAAUGGGAACGCAGUCCCUGAAGGUAUGCCUGCACACAUUGCCGAAGAGCGCGCAAACCCGCACACCAUCAAGCUCCAAGGCUCCCUUCUCGCACAAUGCAUGAUCUUAGUUCCUGGUGCCUUGAGCAGUUUGAUUCUCGAGAGCUUAGCUGCUCUGCCACCAUCAACCCUACUGAAGAUGUCUCGCGACACCAUGAUCUGCCGCACAUUGCAAGCAGCCAUGACAUCUCACAACGCCAGCAUCAUCUCCCGCCGAAAACUGAUCCAACAAUUCUUUGGCCACAUUGGUGAGAUGGCACUAGACAGAUGCGCGUCCCGUGUCGUGGAUGCCAUCUGGGAAGGCACCCACGGUCUCGCCUUCAUCCGCGAACGCAUCGCCGAAGAAUUGAACGAGAAUGAAGCCGCUCUCCGCGACAAUCCCUGCGGCCGUGCCGUCUGGAAAAACUGGAAAAUGGAUCUCUACAAACGCAGACGCGGCGAAUGGGUCAAGCAAUCCAAGAUCAAGGCUUCAAAUGACGGAUUCCAAUCAUUCUCAGAAGUCGACACAAAUCUGAAGAAUGCGAAUGCACACAGCACACAUGCCAACAAGAAAACACCGAUAAACGGACCUCGCGCUCCUGCACAAGCACAACAAGGAGGAGAGAAGAAGUCAGCCAUCCAAUUGGCCAGAGAAAGACACGCAGCCAACAAGGCCAGAUCGCAAGAAGCGAGACAAAAAGCCGCGACUGCUGGAAGUAGACCCGCUGGCUCUUCUAAUGCCAGUAAGCACGCUUCCGGUGCGAAUGCGAUCAGCAGCACCAAGCUCCUCAACUCGAUUCAAGAACUCAUCAUUCCCUUCAUUCGUUCCGCCGACGAUGAUGCCGCAACCAAACAUACUGGCCAUGGUCUGCAAGUCGAAGGCCAAGGUCCCCGCACCGCUCUCGUCGAACACCACCCUCCUCAGAAACUAAAGUCGCUCUUCGAUGUUCAGCUUCCGGAAAAUGCUGAAGGGAAAAAGGGGCUUCUCGAUGUAGUCGAGAAACUUCUGAAGUACAGCGUCAACACUUGGGAUCAAGGAUUCAUGGAUAAACUAUACGCAUCCACCAAUGCUGUUGGCGUGGUCACGGAAUUACUGCUUGCGGUGUUGAAUACAAACCUCCACGUCUAUCAGGUUUCUCCUGCAUUGACGUUGAUUGAGAAACAGACGUCCAAAGCACUCGCCGGUCUUUACGGUUUCACUGGUGCGCAUGGUGGUGGUAUUUCGCAACCUGGUGGUUCGGCUAGCAAUGCUACGUCUAUUGCUAUUGCGAGAAACACUCUGCAUCCGGAGACAAAAGUUGACGGAAUCAAUGGAAGGAGAUUCACCCUGUUCACUUCAGCACAUGGACAUUACUCGUUGGAAAAGGCUGCACAAAUGUUCGGCUUUGGAAGCAGCGCCGUCAUUGGCGUUGCCGUAGAUGAGCAAGGAAGAAUGGAUCCCGCAGCCCUGGAUGCCGCUGUUCAGAAAUCAAAGGAUGCCGGCGAUGUUCCUUUCUACGUCAAUGCUACUGCCGGAACCACUGUUCUUGGUAGCUACGACCCCAUCGGCCCCAUCGCAGACGUCUGCGAAAAGCACAAACUCUGGCUUCAUAUCGAUGGUUCCUGGGGUGGUCCGGUCAUCUUCAGCGCCGCUCACAAGCACAAAGUCAAGGAUAUCCACCGCGCAGACAGCAUCGGCGUCACACCGCAUAAAAUGCUUGCAGUACCGAUGACUUGUUCUUUCCUUCUCGGCAAAGACAUGAGACAAUUCCAGCGUGCCAUGACACUUCCUGCUGGCUACCUCUUCCACAACUCCGAGGAAGAAGAGGAUGGAUCCGCCGCUGAUACCACGACUCUGGACUCCAAACCUUCCGUCCAAGAAGAACGCCCGGAAGCAGAGAUUUUCGAUCUGGCAGACUUGACACCGCAAUGCGGUCGCAGAGGAGACGCACUCAAACUCGCCUUAUCCUGGAUCUACUACGGCAGCUCCGGCUUCGAAACCUCCAUCGACAACGCCUUCGCCGCAGCCUCCACUCUGGCCUCUCUGGUCCAAGAAAACCCUGCUUUCACAUUGGUAUCCGAGAACCCGCCUCCAUGCUGGCAAGUCUGUUUCUACUACAACAAACAAGAAGGUGUGGGACACAGAAACAAGAAUUCAAAGACGACGGAAAGGAUUGCGCAAAAAUUGAUUCCUAGAGGGUUUAUGGUUGAUUAUGCGCCAGGGGAGGACGGCAAGUUUUUCCGUGUUGUGGUUAAUAGUCAGACUAGACGUGGUACUCUGGAGGGAUUGGUCAAGGCUAUUGAGGAGGUUGGAAAGGAGUUGAAGGUAUAGAAAAGUCAUAGAUGUGAGAAACGAUAGAUACUACAUGUUACCAUUCGAGCCUUGUCAUGUCCAACUUGACGAUCAGUCAAGACCUGCUCGAAAUGGGGGAUCUUCGCAGGAACUUUGAGUCAAUUGAAUCGUUCCCUGCGUCCAUGAUUUGUUUGAGCUACACCAUGAGAAAUCGGGG